AUGGCAUCGCGAGUCGUUCUGUUGCUGAUUCUUGGGUUAUCUCUAGGAAGAGGAGACAACUUGUCGAGCGGCACGAAUAUUAGUGAAGUGCUUCCAAGGCCCGAAGGCUCUGAUCUUGAGUGUGCCUUAUUGACUACUAUUGCUGAGGAUAGUCCUCUCCCUCUGGAGCUUAUAAUUCGAACUAUAGCAGAUUACGACUUUGAGAAGAAUAUUCGCCCAGUUUUGGAAUUAGGAAACGCCGUUCGCACUUCGGUACUGAAGAAUGUCAUCUACGAGAAAUUAUGGAAACAUUGGGAAAUAUGGCAUGGAAAAUUAGGGUUUUAUGAUCCCAAAGAUAUUCUGGAAUACUAUGAAAACUUAAAGCAAAGCAUGGAUAUUACGCCAGAUUAUAAGAAGUUUGUUUAUCAGAAGUUUAUUGAAGAUUGCGCUUCAUAUCUCAAUUUACCGCUAUACGUAAAAAAUGAGAACGAUUUCGAAAUGAGAACGAUCACCGAAACGAUCACCGAAACGAUACGAUGUUUGUCACAUAGUCCACAAAAUUAUACGACUGAUGUAUUCGAGGCAGUGUUCAACAAGGUGCUCGCUACAACAUCUCCUCUGGUCUUGGCUGAACGUCUUAACGAAUUGGGCAACUACGGUGCCAGUUUGUCGCAAUUGGUCUUAUUUAACAUUCAGCUGCUUAAUCGCACCGAAAUCAAGUCAAAUUCGAGUGCGAAAGCAGCUGUGCUGGAAAACUUACGCCAGUUGGCGAUCCAUCCAGAUUUUGCUGAGGAAGUGGAGUACUCCCUGCGUCUUAAAGUAUACGGAUUUCUGCCGUCUGGUAUUGGUUUGCUGUACACAGCGCAGAAGGUGUGUUUGCACAAGGCGAACAACAACAACGAAUACCUUUAUGAGUGUCAAGGUCCGACCAAUAUGUGCACCCGUGAACGAAACUACGAACGAGCAUCCUUCGAAGUGCAGCGCAAGCAAAUUGAUGCUAAGAACAGGACACAGUUUGCUUUUCUGAGUACCCAUUUUCUUAAUCGCUGCUUAGCAAUAACAGCGGAGCAAACGAAAUUCACAACGAACGUGUAUGGCCGAAACAAAAUCAACUGGUUUAAUGUUAUACCAGUGCAGGAAGGCGUGGCACUCCAAGAUGCUGCCACAUCCGAGUCCUUGGUCUGCGGCGGCGAUUCAAAACAAUGGAGUAGAGGAAACCAUUUUGCACACACGCUCGAGGCAAAAUACAUAGCUGCCUAUCGUGAGGAAUGCAGUUGGAUCGUAGAGGAUUGCAGUAAUAAAGAUUAG